AUGGGAUGUUCUAUUUAAAAGAAAAGGAAAGAAUACUAAGCUAUUUUAUCAUAACAAUAAAAAUCAAUACCUUAAGAAACUUAAUAAUAUUCAUCUUCACCCAAAAAUGAAAAUUUAAUCAUAGAAACUCCUUCACAAAUCAAUUUAAGAGCAUAAAGGUUAAAACAAGUGAGAAACAUAAUCAUAAAUGGAUAUUCAAAUUCUCCAAAAAUAAAAAAUAAUAGAAAACAAUCAGGUUAAAUUUGA